AUGCAAUAAUAAAAAGCUAUAGAAAAUUAUAUUCUUUAAGAAAUAAUAUAUCAAGGUAGUCAAAGUACAGUUUACAAGGGAUAUAAUUUAUUAAAAAACGAUCUUGUAGUAAUAAAAGAAAUUUCUCGUUAAUUAAUUUUAGAAUAUGAUAAUUUAGACGAAUGUAUAAAGAACGAAAUAGAAGUUUUAACAAACAUAAGUAACCCUUACAUAGUGGAAUUUAUAGAAAUGCUAAAAACUGAUAAUAAUAUUUAUUUCAUUUAUGAAUAUUCAGAUUUCGGAUUUUGCAAAAGACUUGAUAGAUUAAGUGAUAGGACUGAUACUUUAGUAGGGACACCGAAUUAUACAGCACCUGAAAUUUUACUUGGGAAAUAAUAUUCAAUGAAAGUUGAUAUAUGGUCUUUAGGUUGUGUAUUGUAUGUUAUGUUAUUUGGAAAGAAAUUAUAUGAUGAUGGUGAUAUUGCCAAAUUAAUUAAAAUAUAAGAAAUUUAAAAUAUUUAAAUCCCUUCUGAUAUAUAUGUUAGUGAAUAGACAAUAAAUCUUUUAAAAAGAAUGGUUGAAAAAGAUGAAAAUAAAAGAAUUGGAUGGUAAGAUUUAUUCGAUUUAAUACUUACUAAAGAAGAUAUAGAAAAACUAAAUUAACAUUAACUUAAAUAUAGCAUUGAUGAAAUUAUGAGUCCUGAAAAAAAUAGUAUUGUUUAAAAUUUAAAUAUAUAAACAAUAAGUGGUUUAAAAGGGCUUAAUUUUGAUAUUUAUGAAUUCAAAAAUACAUUUAUUUAUGAAUCAUUUAGUUCAUUAAUAGUAAAAGAAUAUAACCAUUCAAAAAGGUUAGUGUAAACAAUGAAAGAAGAUUUUUAAAAUGAAGUUUAAAAAAAUAAUAUAUAAUGA